AUGGCGACAGAAAACACGAAGGGCCCUGGCCGCCUCAUCUCGCUUUUCACCUCAAAAGACCGCGAGAGGCAGUCAGUCGGCUGGGCAGAGCUGUGGGAAUCCGACGAGAGUAACCUCUGGGACAGAGGCAAGCCGUCGCCGGCUCUCAUUGACCUCGUAGAGUCUCGCUCCGAAGUCCUCCCUCGGCCGUCUACUGGUCGUCGCCUGAAGGCGUUUGUCCCCUACGCCGCGGCGGAACUGCCAGAACCGGGAGAGUACAAUUUCGGAACGCAUGACAGCGUCUCCGGGGCACAGCCCGGCGAGGUGAAGAUCUUGGCAGGUGACUUCUUUAUGCGUAACUGGGAGGCGCAAUGCGCCAGCAGCAGCGGAGGCGACUUCCAGGAAUUCGAUCUCAUCUAUGACCACACGUUCCUUUGCGCUCUCCUUCCAGAGAUGCGGAAAGACUGGGCCCGGUGUAUGCAGGAGCUACUCUCGCUCACCGGUGUUCUUUUCUGCCUCGAGUUCCCUCUCUACAAAGACCUCGAUGGUGACGAUGGUCUUAUUCAGGAGCCGGUGGUUGAGGAUGCGGAAGACAAAUCUCUCCAGGGAUCUUUCCGGCGGGUGGGUCAGUUCAAGCCGCCGCGGUCUUACCAGAACGGAAAAGGAACGGAUAUGGUCAGUGUGUGGACUGAGAAGUUCUAG